AUCUAGAGAGCAGCUGAGAAACUGAACCUUUUAACUACAACUGAGAAGAAACACACACAAAAAAAACCUACAGACAAUCAGGCAGACAGGCAAAGCUAUUAGAUGAUUCUCACUGGAUUGAUUGAUUUAAUAGAGCCCCUAUGAAGAUACAAAGGGCAGGAUGAUGGACACAUUUCUCUGGUUGCUGUGUGCAGCCACAUGGUUACCAGGAGCCCCAGCCAUCUGCAAGGCUCAGACUGACCAAAAUAAGGUCGCCUCUAAGAACGAGACAAAUGUACUGAUGUACGGCAUGCUGCAGUUUGGCGAGACCCUUCACCAAGUCUCCGAAAGCAUCGGCACCAAGAUGGCGAGAAUCGAGAGCUGGAUGAGGAAACAGGAGGCGAUGCUGGAGAAGAUGGGCCAGGAGGCCGGACAGGCCGCAGAGAAGGAAAAACAAAUCAGGCAGGUACUAGGCAAGCUAAAGGGCCAGAUGGCUGGGCUGCAGUCAGAGGCUGAAGGGGCCAAAGACAAGCUGGCCUGGAUGGAGCAGGAAGAAGGGGAGCUUAGGACCACGGUGAUCAACCUGGAGACUUACCUACAGAACUACUCCCCCAACCGCAUACAGGAAUUAAAGGAGAGGGUGUCAAAACAUUCCAGUUUUCUGGAGGGCCUGCAACAAUGGAGCCAGUUACAAAAGCAGACCAUUAAGAAGCAGAACAAACACCUAAGAAAGUUACAGAAAUUGAGUGAAGCAUUGGGAUAGCCCCACUACCUGGUGUCUUCUCUGAAACUAAACACAGAAGACAGAGUCCUGCACUCUCUGACAUUAUCCUGGUGGUUCAUGCAUACAUAGGCUUUUUAUUUACAACAGAUGUUAUUGUUCCUAUUCUUGUUUUGGAAUUCAUACUACUACUGUCAGAUUGUACAUUUUGGAUGCAAAUAAAAGACAAAUUAAAUAUA